UGGUGAGCUCUGGUUGGAGGAGGAAUUACUAGGAGGACAAGUGGGGUGAGAAAAGUUCUAUUGCAGGAGAAUUCGGGAUCUGCAGAACGUCAGGAGCAGCACAAAGGCAUUGCCACGUAAUUACAGGCUGUUAUUAGGAGAGUGGUCCUCCCUGGGGGUCUCCAGUCUGCAUCCCCUUCCCUCACAGUCUCCACCUCCAUGCCAGGCUGUGGUGUUUGAUGUGCCAAACAGUUCUGGAUCCAAGUCACAGAAACAAUAGUUGUGCAGGGAGGAAAAUAAAUAAAAAAAACUCCCAGGACUGCUUAAGCUCUUCCCUGCACCAGAGGAGUAAACAGAGAAGACUUGGACAUCUGCAAGGAAUCAGAUCUGCAGCUCUGGAGGGAAGAGGAAAGGAGCCCAGGAUGUGCCGGGCCUGAGCUUCUUCAUGCAUGCUAGGAGGACACCGACAGGACAUUGGCUUUACUGAACAGCCUGGGACAGAACAGGACGGGAUCGGUCCAGAAGCUGAAUAGAUACAUCCAAUAUCUGCAGGACCAGGGUCAUCUCAUCAUGACUUCCAGCUAUAACCACCAGCUCUUGGACAGGCAAGGACUUAUCGGGGGGCGUCUGGAGACCCCUAUAACAGCAGGGCUAGACAACCUGCAGCACAAGAAGAAUUUCUCAGUCAGCCACCUGUUGGAUCUGGAGGAAUCGGCCGACAUGGCUGGAGCUCAGGCCGAGGAGGAUACUGGGGAAAGUGGAAGGAGCUUACUGGAGUCUCCUGGACUGACCAGUGGAAGUGACACCCCACAACAAGAAAACGAACAGUUAAGUGCAGAACAGAAGAAAAAGAGAAAACAAAGGAGAAACAGGACAACAUUUAACAGCAGUCAGCUACAAGCUCUGGAGCGGGUGUUUGAGAGAACACAUUACCCCGACGCAUUCGUACGAGAAGACCUUGCACGGAGGGUUAACCUCACUGAAGCCCGAGUUCAGGUUUGGUUCCAGAACAGAAGAGCAAAAUUUCGAAGAAAUGAAAGAGCAAUGCUGGCCAAUAAGAACGCAUCGCUUCUCAAAUCAUAUUCAGGAGAACUGACAGCAGUAGAACAACCUAUAAUACCGCGACCAGCCCCUCGGCCAAAUGAAUAUCUAUCCUGGGGGCCUGCAGCACCUUAUAGUGGGUGGUCCCAAACUCCGAAAGUGCGAACUUACCUUUUCCAAGAUUGGUGAGAAAAUUGAAUACCAAAUAUAACUACCCAUGGUGAGUAUUGCCAUGACAUCUUAUUCUUCCACUUGUGUCAAUGCCCAUCCUGCCCAGGGAAUGAACAUGGCUAACAGCAUCGCCAAUCUCAGACUCAAGGCAAAGGAAUACAGUUUACAAAGAAACCAAGUGCCAAAACUCAACUGAUGAAGAUGACUGUAAAAUGUACCAACGUCUGCCUUAUAACUUAUACCCACAGGCCUUAUAAUGGGAAGAGGAUGUAAAAUAAUGGUUGUCUUUCUUUGAUUUUAUUAUAUAGUUUUUCUCUUGGAGAAAUUUACCACUUUGUUAGCGUUAUCUUGAUGCCUUGCUUAAAAAUAGUAAAAUUGCUAACUUUCCAGCAUACUCUAAAGGGCUUCUCCAGUCUAGAAAAACCAUUUCCAUAUACCCUAUUAAAGAAUUCUGUGUAAGUAUUGGGGAGCCCUCUGUUCAGGAGUGGAGAGCGCCUCUUGCUCCGGAGGACCUGUUUAGUCCUGCAUUACACAAACAACCCAUUGGUGUUGUGUAAUGCUUCAUUUCACCUGUGGCGGUGCUGCAGGAUGAUUGAAUACUUAAUACCAGAUUUCUUCACAGAUCACAACGGACCCUACUAACAAAUAGGAAUUGUCCAAAGCCGAGAAACUCUCUAAAAGAAUAAAUUUUGGCACAAAGAACAGCACUUCAAGACGGUCUAAAUGCGAAUAACAAUUUCAAUAAACGUAACGUCUUCUUGACAAAGUUGUCUUGGAUAUCAAUGUUCCAUUUAGGAGGCCUCAUUUACAAUGUUUGACCCUCAAUUACUGAUUCCAAUGUAAAUUAAUUGUAAAAAAAAAAAAAUGAAUAA